AUGCAUGAAAAGGAAGAAGUAGCCCGCCUUAUCAUGUCUAACGCGCACUUUACCAAGGAGCUAAAUAACCACCUGGUUUCUUUGAAUGGAGCGACGUCAGCCGGAAAUGCCCCUCCUCUACGCCCAUCACAAGACUCGUCAGACAGAAUGGACAGCGAAUACCCGAUUGUUCAUGGCGACCAAACGGUAACUCCAGAGCCCGCCGUCGACCAGGCCGUUCACACAUCACAGACCACGCCUAGCACUCCCGGCCUCCUACCACCGUUUGAUUGGGAUGACUUCCAGUGUCGAUAUGAGAGGGCCUUGGCAGAAGCCGAUGGCCGUGAGCGCGUAGUUCUCGAUGAAUUUGAGCAAUUGUCCAGAUAUUUUCGAAACUGGGCAUCGGCCUCAGCAACCCACGAUAAUGGCCGGGCAGAAAAGAGACUCCAAACACGGCAGCGAUAUGUGGCACUGUCCGAAGAGACUAUGACUCAAAAGCAGAAACACUUUCUCACCUCGCCCAUCUGCGACCACUUUGAUACCUUCGUCAAACGCAAAGCCACCCUCGCGCAAGCCGCGAACGCUGAUGGCUAG